AUUCAUAAAUAAUUUUACUUCAAUCUCUAUAUAACUUUCAUUCAAUUUUACUCACAAUACUCAAAAACAAUCACCAGGUUCAAUGAACAACAAAGCCGAGCUCGUCUUCAUCCCUGCACCAGGCGUUGGCCACCUCGGCUCCACCGUGGAGUUGGCCAAGCUCCUCCUCCACCGCCACCAACGCAUCUCCAUCACGGUCCUCGUCAUGAAAUUACCCUCCGACUCCAAAGUUAACACCUAUCUAAACUCACUCUCUUCUGGCGACCGCAUCAGCUUCCUUCAUCUCCCCAAUGAUGACCUACAAGGAUUCGACCCCAAAAAAUUCUUCCCUUCUUUCAUUGAAUGUCAUAAAACCCUCGUCAAAGAAGCCGUCUCUAAGCUUGUUCACUCCGAAUCAGUCUCCAAUGACCCACCUCGACUCGCCGGGUUUGUUCUCGACUUGUUUUGUACAAGCAUGAUCGAUGUUGCUGAUGAGCUUGGAAUUCCUAGCUAUAUUUUCUUCACGUCCAGUGCGGGUUAUCUGGGUUUGAUGCUUCACGCGCAGGCUCUUUAUGAUCAGCAGAACAAACACAUUAUUGAGUUGAAAGACUCGGAUUCUGAGUUGGAAGUACCGAGUCUUGUUAACCCAAUUCCUGCUAGAGUUUUGCCUUCCGUAUACUUGGAGAAAGAUUGGUCCAUGAUUGGGUUUGAGCUAGCGCGGAGCUUUCGGAGAGUUAAGGGUAUUGUUGUAAAUUCGUUCAUGGAGCUGGAAUCAUAUACGAUCAAGUCUUUCUCAAAUGGUGAAACCAACAUCCCACCCGUUUAUCCUUUAGGACCCAUUUUGAAUCUUGAGGGUAAUAGCAUUGAUUUAGGGUCAGGUGGGUCCAAAACAAAAACAGAGAUAAUGGAGUGGCUUGAUGAUCAGCCGCGAUCGUCAGUUGUGUUCCUAUGCUUCGGGAGCAUGGGAAGCUUUGAUGAGGAUCAGGUGAAAGAGAUUGCCUGUGCGCUGGAGCAGAGUGGGCAACGGUUCUUAUGGUCUCUACGUCAACGUCGACCAAAGGGUCAGUCUGGCGGUCCGAGGGAUUACACAAAUCUAACGGACGUGUUACCAGAAGGGUUUCUCGAUCGUACGGUCGGGAUUGGAAAAGUAAUCGGGUGGGCCCCACAAGUGUCGAUCUUAGCCCACAAGGCGAUUGGAGGGCUCGUAUCACAUUGCAGGUGGAAUUCGAUACUAGAGAGCAUAUGGUUUGAAGUUCCGAUCGCCGCGUGGCCGAUGUACGCCGAGCAACAAUUGAGUGCCUUUGAGAUAGUGAUUGAGUUGGGAUUAGCGGUUGAGAUUAAAAUGGAUUACAUGAUGGAUUUUUCAAGAGAGAAUCAAGAGAUUGUGAGCGCUGGGGAGAUAGAGAGAGGGAUCAGGAAAUUGAUGGAGAAUGAUAAUAAGACAAGGAAAAAAUUGAAGGAGAUGAGCGAAAAGAGUAGAAAAGCCAUGAUGGAAGGUGGAUCUUCAUCCACUUCACUGGGUUGCUUCAUCGAUGAUGUGAUGAGCAAUUUGUCAUAAAAUUAUGGGAAAAACUAUUCAUAUAAUACUUUGGAUGGAUUCUCGGUUUCUUGUUUUUAUUUCCUUCUCCUUGGAACACAGUUUUCACAAGGCCAUGUUUUGUAAUUUCAUUUUCCCUUAUUGUGAGAAUAACUAAAUUAUAUGUGGGGGAUUACACGUGAGAAGCUUUGAUGCAUUGUCUCCUCUUACUACAUAAGACGCUUGUUCAAGUCUUACAAAAAAAACCAUAUGAUGAGAUAUAUGAGAUGUUGGAAGGAUUAGCCAUGGAAAUGCAAAAUGCUGAUGUAAGGCCACCUGAAGCUCCAAACUAGAUGCCAUCUCUCAGUUUAAUGAAUGAACAGGAAUAUUCUUCACAGAUUUUGAAAAUGGGAGAACGAAAACCAUGUGUACGUAGUAAACUGAAGACAGCUAGCUGCAAAAGUAAUUGGCCGUUGAAGGCUUGCAGAUAUAAACACGAUGGUAGGUCUAAAUGUUGGUCUUUUGUCCACACUGACUAUUGAUGCAGUGAUACUUUUGCUGGAAAUGCAUCAAAUUUCCAGUUUGCUGUUUGAAUAUUUUGGCGCCAAUUGAAUUCUGUUUCUGCAGUUGGUCUGACUUGUGUAGCUGCAGUUUUGGUGCAUUUUAGUUGAUUGGUUUAGGAGUGAUUAAGUCAUAUAAAUGAUGUACUUUGAGCUUGUUUUUGUUGGUUGUUAGAGUUUAAAUUCAAAUGAAAAAUCUCUGCUGUAGUUGUUGUAACAGUGGAUGGUUUAGUUGUAUUGUUGUAUAAA